ACUGGGACCGCCCCUUUCUAGUAGAUCGUAUCUCGCCCGGCAUAUAAGCGGGUGAUGCAACGAGCCGGCGAGAACUGUAACUUUAGCAGCUGAGCGAGAGAUCACACUCCUGCCAAAGCAGAGCAUCACAACACGCGUGGACCAUUCCGUCAAAACAAGAUAUCGGAAUGAUGCUUCAGUAUCCUGGUUUGGGUCCGUCUGAGAUCAGUGCGUCGGCUCUGGUACCCUGCCUCUCCCCUCCGGGAUCUCUCACGCUGGACGAUUUCACAAACUUCACACCGUUGGUCAAAGAGGAGCUGCGAUACGCCAUCCAAAACAAGCGGCUGUCCAACGGCAUGAGCGCGAUCUCACCAGAUCGGUGUUACAACUCCGACAGACCCACAGAUCUGCCGAUCAUGAAGCGGGAGAUCAUUCCUGAAGAGAGUGACAGAAAAAAGAGAAGAAGGGAGCGAAAUAAAAUUGCAGCAGCAAAAUGCCGAAACAAGAAAAAGGAGAAAACCGACCAUUUACAAAAGGAGUCAGAGAAACUUGAGUCCAUCAAUGCCGAGCUGAAGGCCCAGAUCGAGGAGCUGAAGAACCAAAAGCAACAGUUAGUUUACAUGCUGAACCUCCACAGGCCCACCUGUAUCGUCCGCGCUCAGAACGGUCAGACCCCUGAGGACGAGAGAAAGCUUUUCAUCCAACAGAUCAAGGAGACCACCCUUCAAGGUCUUAACCUUACCAUAAACGGAUCAAUGCAAACCACAAUAGCAACAAGUUGUGGGCAUCUCUGAUAAACUGUACAGGCAAAAAGCUAAAGGUUGAACACGGGAAGGUUGGCCUGUGUUAUUAAGGACUAAAAGACAUGCGGGUACCUGCCAUGCCAAACAAAGUCGGUCUGACGUACACUGAAACGGACUGCUAACUAAAGCACUAAAGUGAUGAAGGACGUGUGAUAUACGUUUUCACUUAUUCUUAUUCUUAUUAUUUAAACAUAGAAGCUUAACAUGGUUUUUGUAGUUGAAGCAACAUGAUGUCAUUUAUUUAUGAUUGUGUUAGUCGAAUGAAACCCUGGUGGUGUAGAAUGAAAGCUUAUUAUAGUAAAUGCCUUUAUUUAUCGGCAAAUGCUAAAGACAUAAACGGGGUGAUGGAUGAAUUUGUAACAUAUUUAUCUUUGUUAAAUAUACAAAAUGCCACGUGAAGUAUUUCAAGCUGCUAAUCUCUCAGGAUACGGUCUGUGUCACAGGAAAUUUACUCAUGCUAAAUAAAUAGCUAGAAUUAAUGAUAUGGUAACACAAAGUGGGCUUUACUGUAUAAGAGAGCAGGAUGUCUCAUUUACAGUAUCAGAGACUGAACCUUCAGUACUAUAUGCCUGUGCUAUCACCUCAACAUGUUGUUGUAACAAUAAUGCACUGUACAAAGGGUGUUUUUGUUGUAUUAAUAAGGGACAUGUAUACUUAUUUUCUGAUUUUUCACAUACCCUAUAUAUACUGUAGCUGCGUGUUGUUGUUAUUGUCUAGAACUUAUUCUAAAGAAAAACUUGAAGUAAAGCUCUUAUUAAUUGCCUG